GCUAAACGUGAAAACGAAGUAAGAGCCUAGCUCGACAAUCCUCCGAAUCGGUCUCCUCAGAAGAGAGAAAAUAUGAGAGUUCUUGUAGGAGGGGGAACAGGAUUUAUUGGUAGAGCAUUGGUAGAGGCCUUGAAACGGAAAGGACAUGAGGUCACAAUUAUUUCAAGGACUCAGGCACCUGGAAAAAUAACUUGGAGUGAGAUUUCAAAAUCACCUUUGCCAGAAUGUGAGGCUGUAGUGAAUCUUGCUGGAGAGAACAUUCUUAAUCCACUUAAAAGGUGGAAUGAGGGCUUCUUACAGAAACUGAGAGAUAGUCGUAUAGAAACAACCAAAACCUUGGCAAGAAAAAUAUCAGAGGCAUCAAAUCCUCCAAAAGUGUUUGUCUCCUCUUCUGCUGUUGGUUACUAUCCUCCAAGUGAUACUAAAGAGUACACUGAAGAUUCACCUCCAAGCUCUGCAGAUGCACUGACAACACUUUGUGCUGACUGGGAGAACAGUGCUAAGCUUCCUGAUGGCUGUGAUACCAGAUUGGUCACGUUAAGGAUUGGAGUUGUAUUAGGCCGUGGUGGAGGCGUCAUACAGCAGACAAUUUGGCCAUUUUGGCUCGGUCUUGGAGGAAUACUAGGUAGCGGUAAACAAUAUUUCCCUUGGAUCCACUUGGACGACAUGACAGGAAUAAUUUUUCACGCCUUGGAGAACGAUCACGUGACUGGUGUAUUGAACGCAGUGGCGCCGCAAGUAGUUACAAACGAGAGUUAUACGAAAGAGUACGCAGGCGCGCUGUGGAGACCUGCCAUUUUGCCAACCCCUUCGUUUGCAAUCAAUUUUAUCUUUGGUCAGGAUCGCGGAAAAAUACUUCUGGAAGGACAGAAAGUUAUUCCUAAACGGACAUUAGAGAUGGGAUACAAGUUCCACUAUCCAGAGCUAAAACAAGCGUUGGCAGAAAUUGUGAAAUAAAAAACUUGUCUGAAGUCUUUUGCGCAGCCGUGGUUUGGUCUUGUCGCGUAACGCUUUCUCACGCGUCUUACGUGACGAGAUCAAACAACGGCUGCGAAGAAGACCAGAGUUUUACGAAAGCACUUAUUUCAUUAUGUGACGGCUGUUGCCGUUAUGGAAAGUCUACUAUUGUUUGAUUGUGAAGAGUUUAAUGAAAGAGAGAAUUGUGUUUAUAUGAUUGCGAAUUUAUGAAAGGGUAACUUCUUGUCUCUCUAACAUGGUUACAUCGUCAUGAGAAGAAAAAGGAUCUAGAAGUAUUUUACGGUUGAUGGCUUGAAUAUGGUCGACACGAUAUUAUUCUAAAGUGACAUAAUUAACUUAAG